AUGGACUUAGGUUCAUUCUUAACCGAUAAUUCUAUUGGUGGAUCAUGGGCAGACGAGGAAGUUGAUAUGUCAUCUAUCGGUGUCCCAAUAGCUGGAUCACAAGGAACUAGUGGUGCUAGAAAAGAAGGAAUUUACCAACCACAAACAGGAUUCAGAGACAAUGAUGAUUCCAGACGUGAAAGAAAAGAAUUCCCAGUUCCAGACCAACCACCAUACAGAGUAAGAGUUGCUAACUUACCAUGGGAUGUUGAAGAGCAAGACUUAGGUAGAUUUUUUGAAGACCGUAUGCAAGUACAAGAUGUAAUCACCGAUAUCAAGUUACCUGUUGAUAACAUGACUGGAAAGUUGAAAGGGUUCGGAUUUGUAACAUUCACUGAAAGAGGUUUAUUAGAAGAAGCUUUGAACUUGAACAUGGCAGAUUUGAACGGCAGAAAGAUUUUCGUUAACGUGGCUGCUCCACAAAGAGCUGAUGUUUUCGACAUGGACUGGAGAUCUGCAAGAGGUGGCCCAAUGGAAGGUGGAAGACCUCCUAGAGAAGAAGUAGAAAUCGAUUGGAGUUCUGCCAGAUCCUCCGGUGGUUUACCUCCAAGAGAAAACAGAGGUGACAGAGGCGAAAGAAGACCAAGAAGAGAAGAACCAGAUAUUGAUUGGACUUCUGCUAGAUCUGCUGGUGGCUUACCACCAAGAGAAAACAGAGGUGACAGAGGUGAAAGACCAGAAAGAAGACCAAGAAGGGAAGAACCAGACUUAGAUUGGGGUGCAGUUAGAUCUUCAGCCGGUACUUUACCCCCAAGAGAAAAGAGUGGAAGAGGUGAAAGAUCCGAAAGAAGACCUAAAAAAGAUGAACCAGAGUUUGAUUGGGGUGCAGCAAGAUCCUCAGCUGGUACUUUACCUCCAAGAGAAAGAAGUGCUAGAACUGAGAGACAAGACAAAAAACAAGAACCAGCCUUAGACUGGAAGAGAGGACAAGGUUUGGAACCUCGUAGUAACAGUAAGCCUACUAGAGCAAAUAAAAAGGUUGACGAAGAAAAGAAGGAUAAUCAGCCAAAACCUCAAAAGUCUUCAUUUGAUGUUCUCACGGUUGAAAGUGACGAUGAAGAAGCUCAACCAGCUAAAAAAGCUGAAGAGCCAAAGGCUGAACAAACAACUACUGGCUUGGAAGAUUCAACUUCUAAAUUGUCUGUCAACAAUAAAGAAGGUGAAGGCUGGGAAGUUGUUGGUAAAUAA